CAUGAGCCUCAGUCAGCACUGCAGUCAGAUACUGUUUUGUACGAGGAGCCUUAUUGUAACAGCGCACAUACCAAGAUGGACACUUUACAUAGGGUGAUCAUCAUCCUGCUCUUGUUCCUCCCAGAGCAUGCAGUGUCAUCAGACAACACUUCAGUAUAUGUGGGCUCUGUGUUUGUGGAGGAGGCUCUUCGCAAGGCGAUUGAGCUGACCGAUGCCGCCUACGCUCACACAAGCGAAAGGGUGAGGAAGUCUCUGUCCGAAGGUGCUCUGAGACCGACUGAUCUUCUGGCUCACUUCAAGCAGACCAAAACCACAAGCAGGACUCACAUUCGGGCCGCCGAGCUGCUGGACAACACGGUGGCGCUGAUCCGAGAAAUGGUCUACACUCACACUAUACCGCAGCCCAGCGGUCACGAGCUUCUGAGUGAAGCAGAUGAAGAGAAUCUACUGCAAGCCACUGGCUGCUUGGCUCAGCUGCGCACACCCAGCUGUCCUACUGGCUGUUUGGCAGAACGCUACAGGUCCAUCACUGCACACUGCAACAACAGACAACAUCCCAGAUGGGGCUCUGCAAACAUUCCCUAUUCUCGCUGGUUGCCUCCAGAGUAUGAAGACACGUGGGGGACACCCAGAGGCUGGGAUCCAGAUCAUACCUACCACAACUUCAACCUGCCGCCAGUCCGGCUGGUGUCUCAGGAGGUUCUGUUCACUCGCAAUGACAACAUCUCUCUGGACUCCACUCUGUCCCACCUACUGGUCGAGUGGGGCCAGUGGAUUGACCACGACCUGGUGCUGACACCCCAGAGCACCAGCACAGCGGCUUUCCGGACUGGGGCGGACUGCACCCGUACCUGCAGCCGGGAUUCGCCCUGCUUCCCCAUAGAAGUGUUUCAUCUUUGUUUUUAAAGGCAGGGUUUUUUUGUCCGUUAAACCAAAAGCUUCUCUCCUCAGAUUCCACCAUCUGAUCCACGGUACGGCAUCCAGAGUUGCAUGCCCUUCUUCCGCUCUGCACCAAGUUGUGUGGCUAGAGUUGGGCCUCAUUUGCACCGUGAGCAGCUCAACGCCAUCACCUCCUUUGUGGACGCCAGCAUGGUGUACGGUAGUUCGGAUAACCAGGCUCUGGAGCUGCGUGACCAUUCCUCACCACUCGGCUCGAUGGCCUGCAACUCGCAGCACUCGGAUGGGGAGCUGGCCUACAUGCCCUUCUUGCCUCGCCCGCAAGCUCACUUGGAUCCCUGCGGUCCUAGAGAGGGUUCCACGCCUCGGGACGCCGCCACAUCAUGCUUCCAAGCCGGUGAUUCAAGAGCCAAUGAACAUCUAGGCAUGGUGGUCCUGCACACACUCUUCUUGCGAGAGCACAACCGUCUGGUCAAAGAGCUACAUGACCUAAACCCCCACUGGAGUCCCGACACCCUCUACCAGGAGGCCCGGAAGAUCAUUGGAGCCAUCCACCAGAUCCUCACGUGGGAACAUUACCUACCGCGGAUCCUCGGAGAGAAGGCCAUGUCCGGGCAGAUGCCUCCCUACAAGGUCUAUGACCCCGACGUGGAUCCCAGCGUUGCCAACAUCUUUGCCACCGCCGCUUUUCGUUUUGCUCAUGUCACCGUGCAGCCGAUCGUAACCAGACUUGGGCCUGGGUACGCCGCUAACUCCCACUAUCCUUCACUCCCCCUGCAUCAUUCUUUAUUCGCCUCAUGGAGGGUUGUCCAGGAGGGUGGCAUAGACCCAGUGCUGCGUGGCCUCCUGCUGUCUCCUGCAAAGCUACAAACUCCUGGUCAGAUGAUGGUGGAGGAGCUUACAGAGCAUCUGUUUCAGGCGCAAGGUGGAAUGCCUCUGGACCUCGGGGCCCUAAACCUUCAGAGGGGCCGGGACCACGGCCUACCGGGAUACAGCUCAUGGCGAAGGUUCUGCGGUCUUUCUGUUCCCAACACAACAUUGACGCUGGCAGACAUUCUGGGUAAUCCAACUCUAGCUCACAAAUUCGAGCAACUGUACGGUACGCCGCACAACAUCGACGUGUGGGUGGGGGCCAUCUCUGAACCGGCUCUACCCGGAGGCCGAGUUGGACCACUAUUGUCCUGCCUGCUGGCCAGACAGUUCAGAGCCCUGAGAGAUGGCGACAGGUUUUGGUGGGAGAGGGAGGGAGUGUUCACCAACACGCAGAGGACACAGCUCCACGCCGUCUCUCUGUCACGAAUCAUUUGUGACAACAGCCACAUCACCCACGUGCCUGUAGACCCCUUCUCACGCACAGAGAACCCAGACGCCAUGCUGGCCUGCUCCAGCCCGCUCAUCCCAAACCUCGACCUCAGCCCGUGGAAAGAACCACACUCAGAUCCAAACUGCGGUCCCAUACCCAGAAUUCAAUCCGGCUACUCCCUGCUCUGCGACGCUGUGAUUAUCUACGAGUGUCAACCUGGUUUUGAGCUCCAAGGUUCUUCAACUAUCAGCUGUGACGUACAAAGUCAGCAAUGGAGCUCACCACUUCCAACAUGCCAGGACUUGAAUGAAUGUGAGCAAAAAAUUCCAGUUUGCCCGCAAAACAUGGAGUGUCUCAACCUCCCAGGUUCCUUUUCUUGCAGAGAGUUAUCAUCGCCAUCCGCCGUGUUGGUUGUGAUGGCAGCCAUAGUCGUGAUCAGUGGCGUUGCCGGAAUGCUGAUGAUCCUUAGCUGUUUUCAAAGGUGUUUGGCAAACAAAGACAAGCUAGUCUGCGCUGGAUGUUGCCAAGGGAAAAGUUAA